AUCCCGGCCUGACCAAGCCUUCCAUCCAGAUUAUAAAUGAAGAGCAAGAUGCUCAAGAAGCAAAUGUCUCCAUACAGUGCAAUGCAACAGAACCAGAUCUGAUUUUUGCUCUUCUGAAAUCAGGGGAACAGAUAGAUUGCAAAGCUGCAGAGCUAGGGGAAAAGGCGGUGAUUUUUUCUCCCCGCUGGGUGAAGUUGGAAGAGACACAAAAUUAUACCUGCCAAUACCACAACAAAAGCAAGCCCUUUGUCUGGUCAGUGCCAAGUGACCCACUGAAGAGGGUUUCUAAAGAUGAAUCCUUAAUAACUCUAUGGACAAGUAUUGCUGCGUGCCUUUUCUUUCUGGCUGUCCUCUUCCUGGUGCUUAUCUUCGUUUUAUACAGAAAAAGAAGAAAAGGUUCUGUUACCAAAGAAAGCAAUGUACCAGCCAAGAUGUACUUAAGCUCUCCCAUGGAGGAAACCCCUGAUGAAGUUUCUUAUGCUGCAAUAAACCACAAUUCACUGAAAAUCAGACCACCAAGCCUUUAUGAUACAGUCCAUGAAUCAUGUAUCUAUGCAACAGUGUCCGAAGAAAGCACUAAGGAGAACCAAUAGGGAAGGCUAUUCAGAAGAGAAGAUCAUUCUGAGAUGUUGGUGUAUUCAUCUAUACUACAGAUACCCAUGUUAGGAUCAUCUUGCUAUAGACAUCCUCCUUCCUCUUUCAUAACCCAGAGAUAUGCUGGGUUCAGGUGAGCACAUAUUUUGCCCAUAAGUGUCUUCACAAGUAGAUUAUUAUAAUACCCAAAACUGCAAAUUGAAUCCUGGCAUUCUGUAGCUCAAGUCCAAUUUUUUCCCAAGACUGAGAUGGGCCAGUAGGGGAAAGAGUCAGACAGGUAGCUGUUGAGAGACUUGCUAGGGUGUUAUGAGUAUCAGAACUCUAUAACCAUAAUCACGACUGGAAGAGAAUAUUUAAGGAAAA